AUGGAUGAGUCGCUGUGGGAAUCUGGAAUGUCGCUGGUGCAAGGACAGCUCACUGAUUGCAUUGAGCUUAUCCGUGAACGGAAUAGAGCAGUUUCUCUGCACAUGUCAGUCGAGUUGUUGGAUCAUCGCAUAUCAUCAUGCAUGUCUAAAGUACGUCAGAGUUUGGCCAUUGAAGAACAGAAGUUGUCUGAUGCUGAAAGCAACCGGAAUAUACCUACUUCAGAGCUGAAGAAAUGGGAACAGGCAGUACUGGCUGCUAGUCAGCAAGUCGAUCGCUUGGAAACUCCUACCAAGACCGAUACAACCCCACCAAGAAAACCACUUGGUAAUAUAGCUAAUACUCCAGAAAGAAACUCUGGGAAAUCUUCAGUUCGACAAAUACCAGGAUACAAGGCAUUUGUAAAUGUGGAGGACAACACCGAACAUGCAGACUUGGACAAUAGUGAAUUACUUCAACUGCACUCGAGAAUUAUCGAACAACAAGACUCACACUUGGAUGGACUAAGCGAAACGAUCGCACGACAGAAACAGAUGGGUCAACUGAUUAGCAAUGAGUUGGAUAUGCAUGUCGAUUUAUUGGAUGAAACAGAGCAAGUGGUUGAUUCAACUCAUGCACGACUCAAUACAGCAGCAACACGAUUAGGACGAGUCAUGGAAGAUCAUGCAAGCAACUCGCAAGGUAUUGACUUUGUUGGUUUCCAAAACUGA